AUGGCUGCUAACGGUGAAGGUCAUCCCGAUAAGAUUUGUGACCAGGUUUCGGAUGCUAUUCUUGAUGCUUGCCUUGAGCAAGACCCUUUUUCAAAGGUCGCUUGUGAGACCGCUUCGAAGACCGGCAUGAUCAUGGUCUUUGGAGAGAUCACCACCAAAGCUCAGCUCGACUACCAAAAAAUCAUCCGCAACACAAUCAAACAAAUUGGUUACGAUGAUUCUUCCAAGGGUUUUGACUACAAGACUUGCAACAUUCUGGUUGCCAUCGAGCAGCAGUCUCCCGAUAUCGCUCAGGGCCUGGACCACGGCUCUCUGGAAGACCACGGUGCUGGUGACCAGGGUAUCAUGUUCGGUUAUGCUACCGACGAGACCCCGGAAUUUAUGCCUUUGACCAUCAUGCUUGCGCACAAGCUCAACCGUGCCAUGGCUGAUGCUCGCCGAUCAGGUCUUCUUCCCUGGUUGCGCCCUGACUCAAAGACUCAAGUCACUGUUGAGUACAAGAACGAUGGUGGUGUGAUGAUCCCCCUGCGUGUGGACACGGUCGUUAUUUCGACCCAGCACGCAGAGGAGAUCUCCACCGAGGAGCUCCGCAAGGAAAUUCUAAGCAAGAUCGUCGCGCAGGUCAUCCCCGCCAACCUUCUUGAUGACCGCAUCGUUUACCACAUUCAACCGUCUGGUCGCUUCGUUAUUGGUGGCCCUCAGGGUGAUGCCGGUCUGACUGGCCGCAAGAUUAUUGUAGAUACCUACGGUGGUUGGGGUGCACACGGUGGAGGAGCCUUCUCAGGCAAGGACUUCUCCAAGGUUGAUCGCUCUGCGGCAUACACUGCUCGUUGGAUCGCCAAGUCACUCGUUGCUGCUGGCCUUGCUCGCCGCUGCCUUGUUCAGCUCUCAUACGCUAUCGGUGUUGCCGAGCCUUUGUCUAUCUACGUUGACACUUACGGCACUGGCAAGAGGACAAACGAGGAGCUCGUUGACGUCAUUCGCAACAACUGGGAUCUCCGUCCUGGUGUCAUGGUGCGCGAGCUUGACCUCCAGAAACCCCAUUACCUGAGGACCGCGUCUUACGGCCACUUCGGUAACCCCGCAUACACCUGGGAGAAACCCAAACAGCUUAAGCUGUAA